AUGGCCUCUCGUGUACCAUCCUACAUUCGCACCACCGCCAAAGCAGCGUCUGCCAUCAGACGUGUUCCCAUCACCAACACCGCUCAGAAUGCUUCCUCUUUGAAGCUCCGGCCCAUCCACAUCCCCACGGACAAUCAGGGGUCUCUGGGGCCUCGUCCAGCAUGGGGUGCCGGCGCGGAGGUACCUCAGACUGUCGUUCCAGUAGUUGGCGGUGGUGGUAGUGCUGCUGAGGAUGUCGCUGGGCAUCAGAUACCACAGCAGCAGCCACAAAGAGCCCUCGAUAGACUGCCAAACAGGGAUCUUCUCCGCAGCAUUGCCAUCCAGACUGCUAUGUCCCGCCCCUUCCUCAUGGAUAUUGCCUCUAGCCUGCUCAAGUCGAACCUCAAAGUUAUCACGGGCAAUCCGGUCCUGAACUAUCUUCUCGACAACAUCUUCUAUGCCCAGUUCUGUGCCGGCCGUAACGAGGCUGAAGUCAGACAGACCGUCUCAGGGCUCAAGGCCAUGGGAUACCGCGGUGCCAUUCUCUCUUACGCCAAGGAGGUCGACACACACCACAAUAUCGACCAGACAGGCACCCCGGCCGAGAUGGAGGCCCUGCACCGCAAGCAGGUCGCCCAGUGGCUCGAUGGCACCCUCAAAACCAUCCAGUACUCCAGCUCUGGUGAUCUCAUUGCUAUCAAGUACUCUGGUGCCGGGCAGGGGGCUGUCCAACUCCUCGAGCAGGGGGCAGACAUCGACCCUGUCCUUGCCGAUGCUCUUGAGCAAAUUUGUGUCCAGGCGAAGCAGAACAACGUCAGAGUUUGCGUUGAUGCCGAGCACUACUCCCAGAAGAAGAGUAUCGAUGCCUGGACCAUGGACCUCAUGCAGAGAUACAACACGGAUGGUGAGACCGUCAUCUACAACACAUAUCAGAUGUACCUCAAGGAUUCUCCAGCUACCCUGGCCAUGCACCUGCAGCGAGCCAAGCAAGAAGGAUUCACCCUCGGUGUCAAGCUUGUGCGAGGCGCAUACAUCAACUCCGACCCUCGCCAUGUCAUCUUCGAUACCAAGGAGCAGACCGAUAAUGCCUUUGAUGAAGCCGCUCAUAUGCUGGCCACCCAGCACAUCGAAGACCACUCAGCUCCCAAGAUAAGCUUGGUGCUCGCCAGUCACAACAAGGAGAGCACUAACAAGAUCCGUGCCUUACGCCAGGACCAGAUCCGCCAUGGUCUUCCCCUUGCUGACGUCGUCUACUCCCAGCUCAUGGGAAUGGCCGAUGAACUCUCCAUGAGCAUCACCCAGUCCACCAGCGAGGUUGAUGAGGAUGCCCAGGUGUACAAGUACGUCGUCUGGGGCUCCACCGAGGAGUGUGUCAUGUACCUCCUUCGUCGCGCAGAAGAGAACCGAGAUGCCAUCGAACGCUCAACUGCCAGUCAGACUGCCCUUUGGAAGGAACUCCGAAGCCGACUUGCCUUCUGA